CUUUCAUAGAGCUCCGUAGUUUGUGAGCUGCCUUUGUGUUGGCGUUUUCGGGAACGAGAGGAGAGGCCUCCAACGUCCUCCAUGAUGUUGUCCAAUAAGAAGUCAGAUGCGGGCUCCUCUUCCUCCUCUUCCUCAUCCUCAACGGGGGCAGCAGGUGGGGAUCGAGCCCCAGUCUCUGAUGCCCUGUCUGGGCCUUCUGCCUCAGCCCCUGGUCCUGCAGAUGUCAAAAAGAAGGAGAGAGCAUCCCCAAGUGGGGAAGCGGGAGGACCCCCCAUACCCCAUCAGGCAGGCCCUGGGGGGAUUGACCAAGAUUCUGCUGAAGUCCGCAGGACAAGUCGCCGUAAGCGAGCAAAAGUGGAGUACCGCGAGAUGGAUGAGAGCCUGGCCAAUCUGUCUGAGGACGAAUAUUACUCUGAGGAGGAGAGGAACGCAAAGGCGGAGAAAGAGAGGAAGCAGGUCAUCCCUCCCCCUCCCCCACAGCCGGAGGAAGAAAAUGACAGCGAACCUGAGGAACCAUCUGGUGUAGAGGGAGCUGCCUUCCAGAGCCGUCUCCCUCAUGACCGCAUGACAUCACAGGAGGCUGCUUGCUUCCCUGACAUCAUCAGUGGCCCCCAGCAGACACAGAAAGUUUUCCUCUAUAUCCGCAAUCGUACGCUCCAACUAUGGCUGGACAAUCCUAAGAUCCAGUUGACUUUUGAGGCCACAGCACAGCAGCUUGAAGCUCCAUACAACAGUGAUGCCGUGUUGGUCCAUAGAAUACACAGCUACCUCGAAAGGCAUGGUCUCAUCAACUUUGGCAUCUACAAGAGGGUUAAGCCUUUACCAACCAAGAAGACAGGAAAGGUGAUUAUCAUUGGUGGGGGUGUGUCUGGCCUUGCUGCAGCCAGGCAACUGCAGAGUUUUGGAAUGGACGUGACUGUUCUGGAGGCCAGGGACCGUGUUGGAGGUAGAGUGGCCACAUUUAGGAAAGGAAACUAUGUGGCUGAUCUAGGUGCCAUGGUUGUGACAGGACUGGGAGGGAACCCCAUGGCAGUGAUCAGUAAGCAGGUGAACAUGGAACUGGCCAAAAUCAAACAGAAGUGUCCGCUGUAUGAGGCCAAUGGCCAGGCUGGUGAACGGUGCACAAGCGUGCCCAAGGAGAAAGAUGAGAUGGUGGAGCAGGAGUUCAACAGACUGCUCGAGGCCACCUCCUACCUCAGCCACCAGCUGGACUUCAACUUCCUCAACAACAAACCUGUCUCUCUGGGACAAGCCCUGGAGGUGGUCAUACAGCUGCAGGAGAAACAUGUCAAGGAUGAGCAGAUAGAGCACUGGAAAAAGAUUGUGAAGACCCAGGAGGAGCUCAAGGAGUUGCUCAACAAGAUGGUGACCACUAAGGAGCGGGUAAAAGAGCUCCAUCAGCAGUACAAAGAAGCCAGCGAGGUCAAACCACCCAGAGACAUCACAGCAGAGUUCUUGGUUAAGAGCAAGCACCGUGACCUCACUGCCCUCUGCAAAGAGUAUGAUGAACUCGUUGAGAUGCAGGUUAAGCUUGAGGAGAAACUUCAGGAGCUCGAGGCUAAUCCACCCAGUGAUGUCUACCUGUCAUCUAGGGACAGACAGAUCCUUGACUGGCACUUUGCCAACUUGGAGUUUGCCAAUGCUACGCCACUCUCCACCCUGUCUCUCAAGCACUGGGAUCAGGAUGAUGACUUUGAGUUCACUGGCAGCCAUCUGACAGUAAGGAAUGGCUACUCAUGUGUACCUGUGGCUCUGGCUGAGGGCUUGGACAUCAAGCUAAACACAGCAGUACGACAGGUCCGGUACACAGCCUCUGGUUGCGAGGUGAUAGCUGUAAACACUCGCUCCACUACCCAGACCUUCAUCUAUAAGUGUGAUGCAGUGUUGUGCACCUUGCCCCUUGGUGUGAUGAAGCAGCAGCCUCCGGCCGUGCAGUUUGUCCCCCCUCUGCCUGAGUGGAAAACGGCUGCUAUCCAGAGGAUGGGAUUUGGAAACCUCAACAAGGUGGUGCUCUGUUUUGAUCGUGUGUUCUGGGACCCCAGUGUCAACCUGUUUGGUCAUGUCGGUUCCACCACCGCUAGCCGAGGGGAGCUGUUCCUCUUCUGGAACCUCUACAAAGCUCCCAUCCUUCUUGCUCUGAUGGCUGGCGAGGCCGCGGGCAUUAUGGAAAACAUCAGUGAUGAUGUCAUCGUAGGACGCUGCCUGGCCAUUCUCAAAGGGAUCUUUGGAAGCAGUGCUGUGCCUCAGCCCAAAGAAACUGUGGUAACUCGUUGGCGGGCCGACCCCUGGGCACGAGGCUCCUACUCUUACGUGGCGGCAGGUUCGUCGGGUAAUGACUAUGACCUUAUGGCACAGCCUAUCACCCCUGGCCCCGCCAUACCUGGAGCCUCACAGCCUGUCCCACGACUGUUCUUUGCUGGGGAACACACCAUCAGAAACUACCCAGCCACAGUUCAUGGUGCCCUGCUCAGCGGUCUCCGUGAGGCAGGACGCAUUGCCGAUCAGUUCCUGGGUGCCAUGUACACACUCCCCAGACAAGCCACUCCCACUGCAGCCAACAACCCUCAGCAGGCCCAGCCUACCCCCAGCGUCUAAAACGGACUCCUUCAAUUUGUCUCCACUCCUCGGAGAACAUCAUAUCUGUCUGUUAUGAUGAAUAAACAUUUAACCAUACACUGUUAACAUGUAUGCCUAUGGAAAAUCUUGAAAUCCCCAGGACCUCUUGGCAUUCCAUUGCAUUUACUCUAAACUGAGCCUUUGCUAGGGUCUGCUUGGUUUUUCUGGUCUUUGUUGGUGAAAUGGAAAUUUGGGAGUAUUUCAUUUGACUUUAUCGUUUGGGAUGCUGGUGACCUUCAGCCUUUCUUAGAUUAUUUUUUUGGUGUUUUCCACCUUUAUUUGACAGUGAUAGUCAAGACAGAGACGGGAAAGUCAGGGGGGAGAAGAGGGGAUGACAUGCAGCAAAAGGCCCGGGCCGGAUUCGAACCCAGGCCGCUGCAGUAAGGACUCAGCCUUACGUGGUAUGUGCUGUACCAGGUGAGCCACCGGGGCGCCCCGACCUUCAGCAUUUCUGAUAGGAUGUGAGAAUAUACCAUCAGUCAAUUAGUUCCAUUUGAGGAGCAUUUCGAAAUGGCAUCAACACAGACAGAGACAACCCUCACUACAGUUUUUGACCAUGACAUACUAGUGAUAUAAUUCAUCUGAUGCAUUAGCCAAAUGGGAUUUGCCAGUCUUAAAAGAGGAUGUGGUACGCUUUCAGAUUUUGUGCUUUUGGACCCAUGUGGAGUAUGGCUGUAACGCAAGAUCUAUUUGUGUGCCCUCAUCUGAACGUUUAACUACUAGAAAGUGGUGGAUAUACACACACACGUACAUAUGUCACACGCCACAGACUCGGAGCCUACAAGGGAGAUGAUACAACUCGGUACCACUUCUCUCACUCUGCUGGAACCCUUAUUUUCUAUUGAAAAGAUGUCUUAAGGCUGAAUAAUAUUGCUAUGUACUGUAGUUGUAUGUGUCCUAAAUAUAUUUCGGUUGCUUAGUUGUAGUGAAAAUGAAGAAUCGUGUUAAAUACUAAAAAAAAAAAAAAAAAUAUGUUGACAAAUUGUGAAUGUUUUUUUGUUACUCCGGCAGCUUGUUUGAAGUGUAUAAUUUUUUUUGCAGCUGUUACAUAAGUUUAUAUUUUGUUUUGUUAAUAAAAGAAUUAC